AUGUCGACGUACAAACAAAACGCUGCGUCCCUAACCUGCUUUUGAAAAACGCGUCUCGUUGGCAGCCAGAACAUCGUGGUAUCCUGCGGGGAAGGUCGGAAACGUUUACGUCCAUCAUGGACGAAGUGGACGAAUUACAAAAUAUGGAAAGUGUGUGUAGGCUUUGCCUUUCUACCGACGAACCAAAAUUGUCGGUAUUUGGGGAACAAGAAUCCCCGGUAUCAUUAGCCAAUAAAAUACAAGCCUGCUUGUCAAUUGAGAUUUUAGCCACGGACAGGUUGUCAACACAAAUAUGUGCAGAAUGCGUUAAAAAUGUGAACCAAUGGCAUAAUUAUAAAGAAGCGUGUCUUCGCUCCCAGGAUAAAUUACGUUCAUGGUUGGAAAAACAUGUACAAACAGGUCCACUGGUUGUAAGUAUUAAGAGUGAACCUAUAGAUCUGGAAUUUUAUGAAGAUAACAUUGAAGUGAUCUCUGAAUCCACAAAUGAGUCAGAUUUGGAGCCAACUAAUAUUGAAGACACCCCAAACAAUUUGGUAAAUAAUGUUCAUGUUCAGGAACUAACUGAUAAUGAAAUAGAAAUAGAUAGAGAUCGAUCAGCAUUAACUGAUAAUGAAACGUAUUCAGAGAAAGAUCAAUCAGUCUUAACUGACAAUGAAAUAUAUACAGAGAGAGAUCAACCAGUGCUCACUAAUAAUAUAACAGAUGUAGAGAGAGAUCAGUCAUCACUAACUGAUAGUGAGAUAGAUGUAGACAGAGAUCAACCAUUGUUGACUGAUAAUGAAAUAGAUAUAGAAGGAGAUCAACCAACACUCUCAAAGGAAAUAGAUAUAUCUAUAAAGUUAGAACCACAAGAGGACUAUGAUACAGAUUGUACUAUAGAGAUAGAAUCUGUUACAGGUGGUGAACUACAGAAUCAGCUUCCAAAUAAGGAAGAUACGGUUAUGGAAGCUGAUUCUACACAAAAGUUUAAUGCAUCUGCAACAGUAAACAAGAAAAGAACUAGACGGGGUCCGCACACCCACUUUAGAGGAACAAAAGUUUUUAAACAGAAAUGUGUACAUUGUCAAAUUAUUUUGCAUUCUAAACAGUCUUACGCGAAGCACAUGGAAAGAUUUCAUACCGCCAAACAGAAUGGUACUGCCGAGCUGACAGAAUUACAGGAUGGCGAAGAAUUGGUCGAAGAUUUGGAAGAUGAAUUGAUGAGCAUGGAGAAGGAUGCUCCCUUGACUCAAGUACAACAGAACAUUAUCAGUCAAUUAAAAACUUAUUCGUGUUACACGUGUCAGCAACAUUUCAGCGAUCGCAGGAACACGCUUAAUCACAUUCGUCAACACAUGCCCGAUUUAAGACCGUACACGUGCAUCGCAUGUAUGACAGAGUUUCCAGAUCGAUCGAUGUUCAAGCUUCACUGCGAAGUGUCGUUUGAAUGUGCAAUGAAAAUUGCUUUGGUUAUACCAAAACAGGGCGAGGAAAAGUACUUCACGUGUAAUAUGUGUUUGCGCGCCAUGCGAAACAGAAGGGAAUUACUUAGCCAUCUGUCGCAGCACUCCGACAAGCAGUAUGAGGAGUUGAUAUCACCUUCACGAUCUCCUCCUAAAUUGAAACCAAUGGCGCCUUUGCCACCGCCUAAACCAAAACAAACGAAUAAAGUGCACGAAGGAGGUCUGCAGAUUCCUCAGCCUUACAAUAAUGGCGAUUCUCUGUACAAUCACCCAUGUGACUUAUGCGGAAUGAUCUAUAAGUUUAGACCUAACAUGUUGAGGCACAGAAACUUGUGUUUACAUUUGCCACCAGAGAGCAGGACAUCCUAUAGAUGUGUUCACUGUGGACUGACGUUUCUUGUGUUUAAAAAGUUUCACAGUCACAUUGUUAUGGACCAUAAAAAGAAAGAUUUUGUUUGUUCCGUUUGCAACGCCAAAUUUAGAUCUCCAAGUGACUACCUGACACAUCACGAAUCGCAUCGUGGUACUCGUAAUAAAAAGCCGUCGAUUGAAAACAAUCACGAAUCAAUGACGACCAUGCCAAACAUAUCAACGCCUAUCAAAGACUGGGACACUUUUGAGGCUGAAAUAAACGCGAACAAAAUAACCAAUAGCAAUAAGUACAGUUGUGCUCUUUGUAACUUGGAAUUUGCUACCAGAACCGAACUAACAGAGCACAGGAAUCUUCACCUGAAAGUGAAGAUUUAUUCGUGCGUUAUUUGUCGCAGCAUGUUCAGCAGUGCUGGUGCUUUGGAGAUCCACAUGAAGGAUCACGGUAUAGAAGAUCCAGGCGAGAGGGACGCAAACAUCUCGUGUGUGGAAUACGGAACGACUAAGAACGAGGUGGAAGACACAAAGCCAUUAAAUAUGACCGCCGUUUCGGAUCCUGGGGCGACCAAAAAUAGUAAAUGCACCAUGUGCAGUAAACAAUUCUCGAACUACGCAAAUCUCAGACGACAUGUAAGAAACGUGCACAAAACAGGCAAACCGUACGUACAUUGUCCCGAAUGUACUCGGGUGUUCAGAAGUACCGAAUCGUGCCAUCGUCAUGUGACGUUGCAGCACAAAUCCUCAAGGACGUUAUACCAGUGUCCUCAAUGUCCAAAGACCUUUGUUUUCAAAACAAACAUGAAUCUUCACUGUCGGAAUGCGCAUAACAAUGGGCGUAACUCGUCCGGUGAUUGGGCUUGUGAUAUCUGCGGCAAGACAUUCUACGAAGAAGCGUCUCUGAAGAUACACAGGGGCUGGCACAACCGAACUAACUAUCGGUUGAUUGCCGAUAUCGCACAGGAAGGAGGGGAUCAGAAACGGGUGAAACAGUUCAAACACCCGUCGUCCAAAACUCAAGAUCAAUCGCCCACAGCGAACACGAGUCGGCCGGCUAGGGCGAGAAAGUCCUUUCCCAGUCCGGCACCGUCGAAGGGUAGCGGUAAUUUCCAAUGCCAAGUUUGUAACGAUAAAUUCAACGACGUGGUGGAGCUACGGAAACACUUGUGGGAUGUUCAUUGUGCCCGCAACAAGUCCGAGAAGAAUUUCACCGACGUCAAACUGCAGUGCGACCUUUGCACACAUAUCUUACCUAGCCAGGAGGCGUUCAACAUGCACAUGCAGUGGCACAAAAUUCACCCCAUUUUGACCGAGGUCAACAAGUCUGCCUUCCCCUGCGACAUCUGCGGCAAAAACUACAGUUCCAAGAAGGUAUUGUGGAGACACAAGAAGCUGCAUAAAGCCACGGUGGCAGCCGCUUCCAAGUUCCAGUCCAUGUCCAGAAAGCCUACCGUGUCCAGUCAGUACACGUGUCACGCCUGUCACAAGUCAUUCAGCAGUAAUCAGUCGCUACAGCGUCACAAGAUGAAUUUGCACAUGGACAUGUUCAGCGAACGAGCGCCAACGUUGUUCAACAACACGGCAAAAAUGUCGCCGGUGGAACCAAAACCGAAGAAAGUGAAAUUGGAAGCGGAAGACGUGACGCAGAAGUCAACGACUGUCCUGAACACAAUGCGCGCCGGCGGCAAGAAGGCUGUAAUGUGUCAUGUUUGCAAAAAAUUCUUCCCCAACAUGAGCGUACUCUACAAGCACAAACAGCACGCUCAUACCAAGGCCCGCACGGUGAAGAACGUCGCCAAGAGCCCGACCAUGGAGUUAAUUCCGUUGGCCGGUCCCGAGGGCAGGAUGUCUUGCAACAUUUGUUUCAAAGAGUUCCCUGGUGUGUCGAAUUUGCGGCAGCACUUCAGCAUGAAACAUAAGAACAACACGCUCAAGUACAUCUGCUCUUUCGAGGGUUGCAAGCUGAUGUUCCACACGACGGUAGCACUGAAGAAUCACGAGCUAUCGCACACCUCUAUGAUCUACAGUUGCAAUCUGUGCGAUCGGCACGUGUUUACCAAGCAAGCUAUGUCCAGUCACAUGCUGACCGUGCACAAGACUAUCUACCACGCUGAAGAGAACAAAAACUUCCACAGGGAGACAGACCUGAGCACCUACGUGGUAGAAGGUGCAACGGACGCAACUUGUCCUCAUUGCAAGAUCAAAUAUCCCAACAAGAAAGCCAUGAAGAUUCACUUCUUCAAGUUCCACGAUAGCGCGGAUCGCUAGGUCCGUGUAUUUUUUGUACUAUCGAUGAACGAUUCAGCAAAGAAAUUCUUCUGGGGAGGAAAUUUCAACGAAACGAGUCUAGUGGUCCUAUCAGCGCAGCAAGAUCCUCCAAAUCGGAUAAAUGCUGUCUCAUACUCUUUUCUUUUCUAUUCUGUCGACUUUGAGUUUCUCUGAACUAUGAUGUUCGCACAGACUUUGAGGCGUAUCCCGCCUAUCCUAUUUCGUUUUAUUGACGACGUUUUAAUAUACUUCUACAGGUCGUACUACUCUGUAGCCGAUGACCAAGAGCUAAGUCUGUCUCCUGUUCGGUACAGGCGACAAUUACCCGGUCCACUACUGUACUUGUAAAUAACACGCUAUUGCUGUAGAGUAAUUGAGGUAUAUAAGAAAGAGUCUAUAUAUUUGUUUGAUAUUUCUAUGAGAGUUACUACAUUUUUCAAGGAGAACUUUGUUCGUCGCGUGGUCGAUGAUAUUCCUCUGGCUGAUACUAACAUGUUUGGAGGACAUUGAAUAUUGAUUACAGUACCUAUUAACGCGGCUUGAACCGAUCGUCCAAAUAUCAUAUUUCCUUUUUGGACCAAUUCACCAUGAUGAAAAUAUGAUCUGAAGAAAAUGGACCUUAGGCUGAUCUAGUAACAGACCUAAAGUGCUGCCUCACCAAAGUACAAUACCGAUCAUCGGUUCAAAACGCGUUGAUCAGAGUGCUGGAUUUAAAAUAAUGCGGAAAAGAUGCGAUGCUACCGCGAGUAUGGUUCAUUAUCUUCAUUUAUUUUUUGUUUUUGUUAUUAAGCAAUGGCGUAUCGUAUUGUUUCGAUUACGAUCUAUUAUCGGUCGCAUUUAGUAUACGAGAAAAAUAUUGGAGACGUGCAUUUUUUUCGAGGAUUAACAAAGUUGUAUGUUGUGCCAGCAACAGGUCGGUCCAAUCUGAUUGGUGAUGGUGCGGAAAAGGUUGAAGAGAUUGCAUAUUUCUGGACACUGGAACGGAGAGCUCUGUUGUUUUUGAUUUUAUUAUUAAACGCAUACCUGUAUAUGCAAUGUAUAAGCUGUAGCGUUUUUGCAUAUAGUGAACAAAUAAAGGGAGAACAAAUAAA